AUGGGAUGUUGCCAGUCGAAAGCUUCCAGAAGAAAUACUCCUUCAUCGUCAAAACGCAGACAACCUACAGUAUGUGAGCCCGCUUUCGUUCCUCUAGACGGCACAUUUUCAGCCACGCAACUAUCCGUCUGGACCGCCUCCGUCGUACGAGCAAUCGGUGGCGGGAAACAAGAGACAGCCAAAGAGGAUCGAAGAAAUUGCUGAAGCUCCUGAAGCUCCGCCGCCCGUCAGAGAAAAGAAGCAGAGCAAAGAUUCGAAUGACGUACAGCAAGAUGACUCUCCGAAGAGAGUUGAAGAACGUGCGGCACGUGAUGAAGACCUUCCGGCACCGAAAAAAUCUAAAGAUCAGAAGGUCACUUUCCAAGAGCAGUCUCAGAAGGUUUCCGUCUUUUCCGUCCCACCCUAAAAUGAAUUAUCUUUCCAGUCUCCGCCCAGAGCGACAAUCGAUCGUUCCCGUCCUGCUCAGCCACCUGCUGCUGCUCCGCCACGUCGUGCUCCGUCUUCUGCUCCCCCGCCACGUCGUCCUGCAUACCAAUCCCAAUACUACCCUCCUGCUCCGGUCGUGGCUCCACCUCCGGUCGUGGUCGGUCCUCCGCCCGUCAUCAUGAGUCCGUUUCCGUAUUAUUACGACUCGUGCGUCUUCGAUCCCUACUACUGCGGAUACUACGGAGGUUAUGGUUACGACGGAUACGGUUACGACGGAUAUGAUUUUGGUUUUUACUGGUGAUCUUCUGAAUUUGUUUGUUUGGUAAUGAACAUAUAAAGUCCUCAAAACUAGUUUUGUUAAUACUACGACGAGAGCAAACUCGCAAUCUGUUCGUGAACUCAUCGUGACCUCUCUUAUCUUAUCACUUUUCCCUUCCUGUCCUCCCACGCGAAUCUCAGCUAUUCCCUCUCACCAACUUCUUUCUCGAUCCUCCAACUAAUCCCACUGACCAUGUACUACAGACCUCCGGUAAGCUCCCGUCCUUCUCUUCAGGCCAAACAGAUAUAUUUGAGCAAGUGAUGGCUCCGGCAGUCGUUCCCGUCGCCACUCCGAUGGUUGCCGCUGCUCCGAUGGUAUCCCCGUAUGCUCCCGCCGUCGUCGCUGCUCCGAUGGUCGCUGCUCCGAUGGUAGCGGCUCCGAUGGUAGCGGCUCCGAUCGUCGCCUCUCCAGUGCUCGCCGCUCCCGUCGUGGCGGCUCCAGUGGUGGCCGCUCCGGUAGUCGCUGCUCCGAUGGUCGCGGCUCCGUACGCAUCCCCAUACGCUUCUCCGUACGGACCCAGAUACUAUUGA